UCUCAUUGUUAACACUUAAUAAAACUUCAAAAUUAAUUAUAUCUUCAUUAUGUUUUUUUAAACCUUAUUCGUCAAUGACCCAUAUACAAUUCUUCUGCAUGUCAUUGAGAGUUUUGAUUUAAUUAAAUCAUAUUUCUUCAAUGUAUAUUAAAGUGAUUCAAGGCAUAUUAGCUGUUCAGUCUUCGAGAAGAAAUCAUUGCUAUACACACCCAUGUCACUUCUGUGGUCAACAUCAAGUUUUCUCUUGCCUUCUUUAAUAUCACCAUGAAAAAAUAUUGCUGUUAGUCAAAAUCCAAACCACAAGUGUAGAGGUACUCUAGUUUGCCAGACUGAAAAACUUAAGCAAACACAGACACCUGUCUUCAGUCUACAAAAAUCUGGUUUAGUGGAACAUUUGAUAGUAUGUUCAAGGUCAGACCUAAGAGAGAAAAAACAAAAUCGCACAUGCUGAAUCAGGUAGGCUAUCUGUAUUCAUCAUUAUUAAUAGGCUAAUAAUUUUUGAAUUAUUCAUUCAUGUAUAAAUAGGCCUAACUAUGUCUGAAAUUACACACAAAAUAAAAUGUUAGCUUGUAAUGACUUUUUUCUUCUCUUUAACCCAUAUUCUUAAAAAAAAAAAAAAACACCGUCAUCUUUCUCUCAAACACAUGCACCUCUCAAGCGGUAAGAGUGAUUCACACUCACCUUAGAGCAGUAAGCUUCGUCAGGGAGGGUCUUAUAGGCUAUAGUCACCCGCAUGUUUCCGUCAGAAACACACUGUACUGAAACGGCUGGUCCGAGCGCGCGCGCCUGCUGUUGGAAUGUACCGCCGCGAAACUACGAAUAUAUCCAUUUGCAUUGCGUCAUUUAAAACUACAUAAUUAUCCUCUUAUGGGCAAUUAUUUUUUUUAACCUACUGUUUUACUUUUUUCUGCUGUUGAAGUAAAGAUGACCAGGCGCUCGUAUGGAAUAUAUGGACAUGACGAUGCACCCUUUUUCUUCUACGUUCACCGGUUACUCGUUUAACUUUGUAAUCUUAGUUAUACAUAAUUUUAUUUUUUAACUGUAAUUUAUAUUUUUUAUUCAGCCUAGUUAAAAGUAACAUUCACUUUGUAUAUAAAAUGAUAUAUUUAUUUUGUUUACAAAAACGAAUACAAAAUUAGUUUUUAACAUUUACGCACGCAAGCAAUCUUCGUGGUUUCUGACAUUUUAAUCCCAAUGGAUAUUCGUUAUUGACGCUCUAAAUGAAGAUGGGAGCCCCGCAGCUAAACACUCCACUGAGUUAGCCAUGCAUCACGGCAAUUCAUCAGGCGAAUCAACGCCACUCAACCCAUUUUCCAAUCACAGUCAAUGGGAAGGACAGGCGACCUCUCCAUCACUUGCUGAUCCCGAGAAUGUCACCUCGGAGAGACCGAUCCUGAGCGGCCCCAUAGCUGCGAUGCUGUCGAUGACCCUGGGGAUCCUGUCUAACAUUGUGGCUUUACUCAUCCUGGCCAACGCAUAUGCCCGUCUACGUCGACGAUCCAAAGCCUUUCUCCUGUUCGCCGGCUCUCUGGUGGCCACAGACUUUGUGGGACACGUCAUACCUGGUUCAAUAGUCAUGAGGCUGUAUCUUUCUGGAGGUGUACCCUCUGAAGACUACAACAGGGCGGACCCAUUAUGCCAGUUUCUAGGGGGCAGCAUGGUAUUUUUCGGACUGUGUCCGCUCUUUCUUGGUUGUGCCAUGGCAGCUGAGAGGUGUUUGGGUGUGACAAAGCCACUGCUCCAUGCUUCACUGGUUACGACCGCAAGGACUAAACUCUCACUUUCUGUUAUCUGGUUAGCAGCUCUUUGCGUUGCCCUUCUGCCCUGCUUUCAGCUGGGAUCAUACACCUACCAGUACCCUGGAACCUGGUGUUUCAUUAAAGUGCUGGAGGAUACCAAGAAGGCAGACGUGGCUUUUGUUAUGUUGUUCUCAGGACUGGGGUUGACAUCCCUUGCUGUUGCUUUGGUCUGUAACACCAUAAGUGGACUGACUCUGGUGUUAGCGAGGAUACGAAAGAAACCCUGCAACCGUCGAUCAGCUAAAUCCCAUGAUAUUGAGAUGGUGGUGCAACUUGUGGGCAUAAUGGUCACAUCUUGUAUCUGCUGGAGCCCUCUUCUGAUUGUUGGCCUUAUUACAGUGAAACAGUCGUACGAGGGCUCUAUUGGAGAUGACCUUGCCACCUAUAAGACCCUGAUGAUAAUGGGGGUGCGAAUAGCUUCCUGGAACCAGAUACUGGACCCAUGGGUCUACAUUCUUCUCCGUCGUUCCAUCCUCCAAAAGAUUUACCUCAUCACUAAACGUCAAACAGACUUUAAGGAAAGCACUUUUCGCUGCUGGGAGAUCCAUUCCUUCCCCAGCUCAGAGAAGAAUCCUGUCAGUAGAGUCUGAGUCUGAUUUUACUGUCUGUACAUCAGUAAAUACCAUCAGCUAUACCAUUGAGGAUCUCAGUGGCCGCCUUUUAUUUCAGCAUGUGGUACACAUAUUAAAAAUGUAUUUAUUUAAGCAAAUUUGCACAAAGAUAAAUAGAUGAACAUUCCUUUUACUAACUAAGGAUAUAGAGCUCUAAUAAUAAGGAUUUGGUUGGAAACAUUCAUGCCAGUGUAACAGAGAACUGUAAUUAUUUGGUGUCUUGGGCCUUCAGUUAGUAAUUAAAGCAUUAAUUCAGCCAGUUUUAUAGCUUAAGGUCUGGGACAGUGUUUUCAUUUGUCACCAGCUGUUCCCCGUGACGACAGCCCUGGGCAUGAAACCUGACAUGAUAGUGACAAGUGGCACUAAACAAUAUAUUAAAGUAUUUGUUUUACUGAAAAGAAAUGUUCACCUAAAGUUAACCCAUCACAGAUUUAAUACAGCAUGAUCAUCAAUAAUAUAUAACUGUGAAGAAAACCCAUAUUUCUGAGACUGAGUUUCCCUUAUGUUUAUCUUGCAUAUAUGUUACUGUGCAAAAAUGCUCAUGUGAAUAAGUAUUGUUUAUGUUAUUGUAUAAUUUAUUUCUUGUGUUAUCCCUCCAAUUUUCUGGAGGCUUGUUGUUAUUUUACAUUGAAAAACAUUAUA